GCUAGAGGCGGGACCCGGUGGAUGGAUGACUGGAGUUUCCCUUGCGGUCUGAAGAUUAAUGGAAGGGGUCUGUUGAUCUUAGGAAUCGACUAUCAGAUGGUCGGUCCCAGGAAACCGUUGCACUUUAAGCCUGGUUUAGAAACGAAUGGAGUGAGAUUAAUUUGAAACCACCGACGACGGGAAAAACGAAGAACCUGGACACCACUUUUGUUAUCCAGGUCUCAACUGAAACGGCCUGCCUACACAGAGAUAGCACCUGGUUAGUUCAGGCCAGGAUACGACUGCGAGAGACGCUAAAGGCUAACGCUAGCUUGCUCGCUAGAUAGACGGAAAACAGCUUUCGACGAUCUGUCAAAUGGUCGGGACUGGAUUGUGGAUAGACCAAGCCGUCUCUGGAAAUAAACGACAGUCGAGUGACAUCUUGAUUUGCCAGUGCUUGCUUGGAAAUUGACGAGCUAACACUGCAAAGCUAACAUCUACAGACCAUCUCUGCUAGCUAGCGUGUUAGCCUAGCUAACCCCAAAGCGUUAGUGUUAGCUGCAGACUUGGAUAUACUUGCUUGGUUGGACUUUUCCGAACUCACUCAAGAGAAGUAUUGGGGUAAUACAUUUACACGCGGUAGUCAAUAAUGAUAGCUGUUAGCUAGUAGCUAGCUGUCAGCGUCAUUGAGCCCAGCGACUGCGUUAGCGGUGUAGCAUCCCUCAGCGACUUGUAAAGGAAACUCAGUCCGAGCCCAGGGACUCCACCACCAGCCUGCCAUCAUGGGCAACACGCCCACCGCAAAGAAGGGCAAUGAGAUGGAGAGCGUGAAGGAGUUUCUUGCCAAAGCCAAAGAAGAUUUCCUGAAGAAAUGGGAGAAUCCAGCACAGCAAACUGCGGCAUUGGACCACUUUGAGCGUUUGAAGACCUUAGGCACUGGUUCAUUUGGCCGAGUCAUGCUGGUUAAACACAAAGAGACGGGCCAGCAUUUUGCCAUGAAAAUACUUGACAAACAGAAGGUAGUGAAGCUGAAGCAGAUAGAACACACACUGAAUGAGAAACGCAUCCUUCAAGCCGUCAGCUUUCCCUUCCUGGUGCGACUGGAGCACUCUUUUAAGGACUACAGUAAUCUCUAUAUGAUAAUGGAGUAUGUACCUGGCGGCGAAAUGUUCUCACACUUAAGGAGAAUCGGUAGAUUCAGUGAACCACACGCCCGCUUCUACGCAGCCCAGAUUGUACUGACCUUUGAAUACCUUCACUCGCUGGAUCUCAUCUACCGAGAUCUUAAGCCGGAGAACCUGCUCAUCGACCAGCAAGGUUACAUACAGGUAACAGAUUUUGGAUUCGCGAAAAGGGUGAAGGGCCGAACCUGGACGCUGUGUGGGACCCCAGAGUACCUGGCACCAGAGAUCAUCCUCAGUAAGGGUUACAAUAAAGCAGUGGACUGGUGGGCUCUGGGAGUGCUGAUAUAUGAGAUGGCCGCUGGUUACCCCCCCUUCUUUGCCGACCAGCCUAUUCAGAUUUAUGAGAAGAUUGUAUCAGGGAAGGUUCGCUUUCCCUCCCACUUUAGCUCAGACCUGAAGGAUCUGUUGAGAAAUUUGCUGCAGGUGGACCUGACCAAGCGCUUUGGCAAUCUCAGGAACGGAGUCAACGAUAUCAAGGGCCACAAGUGGUUUGCCACCACCGACUGGAUCGCCAUCUACCAGAGGAAGGUGGAAGCUCCCUUUAUUCCUAAGUGCAAAGGCCCCGGCGACACGAGCAACUUCGACGACUACGAGGAAGAGGAAAUCAGAGUCUCCUUCACAGAGAAGUGUGCAAAGGAGUUUGCUGAGUUCUAGAUCCCAACCACAAGUAGCGGAGAGAGAAAAAGAGAGAGAUUUAGGACGUAAAAAGGGGGUCGGAAGGAAGGAAGCGCUAGGGUGGACUGCUAACUUGCUUAUUUGUAAUGACGACAACAAUGUAAACCCCCUCCCCUCCCCCCCAGUGGAAAGGUAGGCAAGUCAAGAAAGAUCCAACCGAACCAGCAGUGUUGCCUUUUCUGAUUGUUUCUCAACUGUUACCUAUUCAUUUUAUUUAUCCCUCUUGUGUUUGUGACAGGGGCUCAAGGAGAACAGGCAUAGGUUAUGGCUGUCCAGCUAUACUUGUAUCUUUCUGAUGGUGUAAUGACACGUUUUCAGUCUUUGCAGGUUGAGGCAUUGAUUUUCUGUUAAGGUACUGAAUCUGCUAGGCUCCUUUUUUUUUCUCCGAACGGGCUCUCUCUAAAGGCUUCUCAAAGAGUGAUUGUUGUAUCUUGUCACCCUGGUCCCCCCCUCGCCCCUCCCUUCCUCCAUCUCUCCAUCCUGAAUCUGUCCAAGCAAUACCAAUUCCAACAGAUGUGCCUAUCAUUAUGCCAACUGGUUGGAAAACUGUGUCGAAAGCAUUGGUGCAGAGCUUUGGCUAUGGUGGCGUCAGCCCUCGUGCCCGUUUGGUUUAAAGCUUGAAAAAAAAGAAAACCCCCUCUGCACCUGCCUUUGUCUGCUCAAUGUGGCAUGAUUAUUGGGUAGAUGAUGUACUCACUGCUUGCAGCUGAAGCAGCGGUGACCUCUUUGAUCGGAGUGCAAAUGAUUUAUCACAGUAAACUUCAUCUAGGUCUUACUCCUUUUGGGGACCUGUGAGAAAUGGUGAACAUGAGGUUUGCAUUUAAGUCUGUCUUUCUCUUAGCUGAAUUUAUUAGAGCAUUUUAAGAUUCCUAUUGGUGAUCAUUUUGUCCUUUUAUGUCAAUCUCUGUGCUUGUGUGUUAUUUAGUGCUCAAGGGUGGGUUAAAAAGCUGUGAUUUAGCAGCAACUAACAUUGUGGUCACACUCCUGACUAUUGUUUAUUUAAUUCAUAGUACAUUUAUACACAGACAUGCAUAUAUAUAUAUAUAUAUAUAUACACACACACACACAUAUAUACAUAUAUAUAUGUAUGUGUGAUAGAGAACAUGAAUUAUCCAUCUUUUUCAACAUUGUCUCAUAGCUGUGAAAUUAAGAUUUCAUAAAUAAACGAAUAUAAAUUCUGCCAAAUUUGCAAAUUGAGAACAUUGCAAAGUUUUUCUGUAUGUAACUAUGAUGGUGGUGGAUUUUAAUACGCAAAAAAAGUAGCAAAACAAAAUGUGCAUGUUAUUUUUGUACAAUAUCACUUUUAAAGAAAGACGGCGGAGCAUAUUAUGCUUUAUUUGUGCUGAGGUACCUGAGAUCGUGGAUAACAUGCUUAUAACUAUUAAAACGGACUCUCAGCUGCUCUAUUUUGAAGACGGAACAAGACCCAGUUCGGCGUGUCAGAGAGUUCACUUGGGCUUUGUUCGUUAUUCAGUUUUAGGGCAAAAGGUUUGAUGAUAAUUGUCACUGAACUUUGUGCUUCUCACCUUGAUAAUUGUUUUUUUUUCUUUCCCCUUUCUCUUGUAUAUACUGUACAUGUAACACCUUCAGAUAGAUUUGCAGUCCAACCAGAUUUUUUGGGACUGUUGAGAUUGGAGUGUUUUUUGUUUCCGUUUUCCAGCUUUCUAUGUAACAAAUUAAACUAAGGAAGCGAUCCUAAAGCUGUCCCCUUUUGCCAAGUUUAUUUCUGUGGAUGCAAGACAAUCGCAGACCGAAUCUUAUUGCUGGUUUGUUGACUGAACACUUGGUUUGAUGAAGGAUGUUUGCUUCCCCAUCCCCUCCCCCGCCCCUCUCCAUAGGCCCUAGGUGCUAGACUUUGUCCAUCUCACUGAAAAAAAAAAAAACGCUUCUGUGAAUUGUUAGAUGUGCAUCGAUUUGUCAUAAAGUCUUGUAACAUGACAUUUUUGAGAAUGUUUUUCGACUCUAAAUGAUUUCAGUAGGCUUGAGUAAUUCUUUUUUGGCUGUCUCUUAAUGUAACUGAGAUCAAACACAGGAUACCUUUUUGAAUGUCUUGAAUUGUCUGAUGGAGAUGUUUCAGUGAUGUUUGGAAACAUGAUGUGUAUUUUUUAUAAUACAUGUUUCUCUGGCGAGCUUGGGUUUUUCUUGCAUGUGUUAGAGCAACCCGACGGCAGGACAUCUCCUGGACCCAAGACAUGUUUGAGAAAUCAUUGUUUCUGGAGCCAUCGCUCUUUAACCUUUGAUAUGUUCGAGCAUCACGUUGAACCGACCAACUUGUCCAGUCUUUUAUGAAUACUGAAGCACAUGCCACACCCUUUGAAAUCUCCUAUUUAAUUGAUUUGUGCUAAUUAUUUGAAACUUUUAAGGCACUAUGUUCUGUUUUGACGAGAGCACAUGUAAUAUCUUUGAUCUUUACAUUCUGACAAAUUGCUAAAUCAGAGUUGGUGGGUGGAAGGCAACACCGCUUGAUCCACUUCAGACACUGAGGCCACCACUUGGCUUUAUUCCCCCCAUACACAACUCCUUGUCAGUCGUCUUUAAAUUCUCUUCUUUCGGCUGAACAUUAUCGACCGCUCUGUGCUAGUUUUGAGUUUCUCUCCUGUGUUUGCCUUCUACUCUCAUCAAGUUUCCACACACUCUUUAUUCAGACAUAACACUUUUUACAUCCGAGAUGUUUUGCGUUCAUAUUUUCUAAUUGUAUUUUCAAAAAAAAAAAGAAAGAAAAAAAAAGAAAGAACAAAACAUUAAUCUUUUCCUCAUGACCUGGGUACAGUGAUUGUGUAGUCUAUUGUACCUUUUGGGAAACAAUACUGUAUAUCCUUGCCUUUGACAGUCUUAACUAUCUUACCCUCUGGAGAACUUGACAGAUACCCUUAGAACACAAUGAGUAUGUUAAAAAAAUAUAUACAUAAAGUAAUAUUUUGCAAAAUGUAUCAUUCCAAUAAACUUUUACUUGUUAAGACUAA